GAAAUAAAUAAUUAUAAUAAUAAAAAAAACAAGCACAAAUAAAAACAAUAGAAGACAAAAAAAAUUGGCUAAAAACAACACUAAGAUUAUACAGAAAAUAAACAUAAUGUAUAAAAAAUAUAUAAAAAAAGAAAACAUUUUCCAACACGUUAAUUGAUCUGGUGCUGGAUUUUUUUAAAUAAUUAUUUUUAAGGCAUAAAACUGGAAAAUCUUAAUGUAAACUUGAAAGUAAAAUGGGUUGCCAUGUAUGGAACACACUAGCAGGCAAACACAGAAUGCUGCAAACUAAGCAUCUUCUAAAAAGCUUAAUAAGCAAAGACGUAGAAAAAUGUGACUAAAUAUCGGCAAUGCGCAUGAUAUGGAAACUGUUUGGAGCCCAGAAGGACUACAAGACAGUUGCUGAGCUGGCUUUUUUUCUCCUGUCAAAAAAGUACCUUAGUACCUUAUCUGUUAAUGGGAGCAAUAUUUUAUGGGGAUCUGUAAAGCAACAUUAGUAACUGACUCCAACUCUAGAGUGUGCAUUUUUGUAGCAGCCGUCUUUAAAAAGAAAAGAACAGACUUAUCACAGACAGUGAUGCAUCAAACCAUUUUUUUUAGAUUUUAUAGAAAGUGCAAACAUUUGCAUUAGCUCAUUAACCCACUGAGUGUGACUUAUCAUCACUUGCAGCGUUGCAAAAGUUCUAGAACUCUGAUGAUCUUGCGCUCGGAGGUGUAGGUACAGUGUCCUCAACCUGGCAACCCAUGUGAGCUUUUUGCCUGGGGAGGAGGGGGCAGGGCAUACAAUAUACUUUCUCCAGUGUUUUGAAUCUAGGCUGGUAGCCAUUUUACAUGCUUGCUGUCAUUUAGUAGUUUAGUAGCUACAUAUUGUUUGUUUAAUUUUAACAUUGCCGGGUCAUUUUGACCCAGUUCCAGCCAGCUCGCUCCUCUCUCGCCCGCUCUCUCUCCCUCUCUCAGACCGGCUCCAUGUUCCUGGAUGCCCCAGAUUUUGCAAAUGAAAGGCGCCAUUGUGGAGUAAAUGUGCCUGAAGGCUUUUCUGAAGACAGGAGGCACCUUUUUUCCACACACACACACACACCCUCUCCUACACACACUCACACACAUCAGUGCUGAUUCAGUGAAUCAGUCCUUUUGUAGCGACGCUUUGAAACCAGAGCUUCUCCUUUUGGCUUCACUGUCCUCAGGUUGCUGACCUUAACUUGAUCUAGCGAGGGAUAGCUAGUGUAGAUACGCACACACUCUCUUAUGGGUCAGCACAUGCUGUAGACGUCAGACGUAGAUGAGUACAGUAAAGGGAAAUGGCUGGUGAUAACCGCUCCAACAUGUCCAGACCCAUGAUCACCAGAUCUCCAGCCUCUCCCCUCAGUAACCAGGGCAUCCCCACCCCGGCCCAGCUCACCAAGUCCAACGCCCCAGUGCACAUCGACGUAGGGGGACACAUGUACACCAGCAGCCUGGCCACACUAACCAAGUACCCAGAGUCUAGAAUUGGCCGUCUUUUUGAUGGCACAGAGCCAAUUGUUCUGGACAGCCUGAAGCAACACUACUUCAUCGACAGGGAUGGUCACAUGUUCCGCUAUAUCCUCAACUUCCUCAGGACGUCCAAGCUCCUCAUCCCUGACGACUUCAAAGACUACAGUCUGCUGUAUGAAGAAGCAAGGUAUUUUCAGCUGCAGCCCAUGCUGGCGGAGCUGGAGCGCUGGCGGCACGAGCGCGAGCUGAACCGGCUCUCGCGGCCGUGCGAGUGCGUGGUGGUGAGAGUAGCACCAGAUCUGGGCGAGAGGAUCACGCUGAGCGGGGACAAGGCCCUGAUCGAAGACGUCUUCCCCGAGAUCGGAGACGUCAUGUGCAACUCGGUGAACGCCGGCUGGAACCACGACUCCACACACGUCAUCCGCUUCCCCCUCAACGGCUACUGCCACCUCAACUCUGUUCAGGUUCUAGAGCGGCUGCAGCAGCGCGGCUUUGAGAUCGUGGGCUCGUGUGGAGGAGGCGUGGACUCGUCUCAGUUCAGCGAGUACGUCCUGCGGCGCGAGCUCCGGCGGGUCCAGCGCGGACUCCAGAGUAACAGGAUAAAACAGGAGCAGCUGGACUAGAGACUAUACAGGGCCCAGAACUGCCCCAAAGGGCCAAAAACUGCCCCGCAGGCUUUCAAAACAAAAAAUGGCCUCAGAGGGCCCUGGAAGGCACCAGACAUUUCAGCAGUUGCCAACUUCUCCACAAAAAGGUCGGACAGUUGUCUCAAUUUUGUUUUUUUGUUUUUAAAUGAAGCAACUUUUUUUUUGUGGGGUGUGUAAAUCCAGUAAGACGAUUCUGCAUAUUCAUGACCCCUGAAGACGUCUGGGACGAUUGUGACUGUCCACUUGAGGACUUUGUUAGAAACAUUGUCCCUUUACCCGCAUUGAGUUUGUUUUAAAACUUUGAAAUUUCAGCAGGUGAAUUACGACAAACGUUACGACAACCUUAAAGUGUGUUCUGUUUGCAGUGCUAUAUACAGUAUAUAUAUAUAUAUAUAUAAAUAUGUAUAUAUUUUGCUAUUUCAUAUAAAAUUGACUCAUGGAUAUUCCUAACUCCUCAAAAAGAAGGUGCCAGUAUCAUUUGUGGUAUUUCCUAAUCUGGUACCGAUACACAGGAAAUUUGGCAGUGUUAAAUCAACACUGUUAGUGUUAAAUCAACACUUAUUAGUGUUAAACUUUACACUAUCAGUGUUAAUUUAACACUGAUAGUGUUGAUUUAACACUGCCAAAUUUCCUGUGUAGGCUGACUGUCCAAAAAAACGCUCAAUAAGCUGACGCACGCCUUCACCGCACCGGUUUUGUCUCACUCAAGUUUUUUUUUUGUUCCAUAUAAAAAGGUGCGAGCAAAGAUUGUGUACUUAAGUUCUAAUCUUUUUUUUUAUAUCUGUCAGAUUACAGAUUGUGAUGUAAGAUUUUACAUUUUCUCAUUAUGUAAAGAAAAGAAGACCUUUACUGUGUGUCCUCAGUUCAGUACAGUAUCCUGAAUCCCAGUCAACACACACACAGAAGGCCGAAACAGAGAAAUACACAUUUCUUCUUAAUUUAUAAUUUGAUAUGAUGUUUAUUCACAGACUGCUAUAUCUUUUUAUUGUCCAUGUACAUGCACAUGUUUUUCUUUUGGCCUUGAUCCUCUUUUUGACUGAAUUUGUGACGCUCCACAUUAAAUGCAGGUUCUUCUCUUUCUCUUAACCUGAGAAAGCCAUGUUGGUUGGUGUCUCACAGCAAGCCCAACUGCCCGAACUAAUGAAGAAUGUAGCAAGAAAAUGUGAAAUAAAUCGGUCCAAGUUAUAUUCA